AUGGGGGUCCCAACAGGGAAGGAGAGCAGGACAGGGGCUCUGCAGCCCAGGGCCCAGAAAGGCCGGGUGAGGCGGGCAGUGCGCAUCUCCAGCCUGGUGGCCCAGGAGGUCCUGUCCUUGGGAGCUGAUGUGUUGCCCGAGUACAAGCUGCAGGCCCCACGGAUCCACCGCUGGACCAUUCUGCACUACAGCCCCUUCAAGGCUGUGUGGGACUGGCUCAUUCUGCUGCUGGUCAUCUACACGGCUGUCUUCACUCCCUACUCAGCUGCCUUCCUGCUGAAGGAGACUGAAGACGGGGCCCCGGCCCCCGACUGUGGCUAUGCCUGCCAGCCUCUGGCCGUGGUUGACCUCAUCGUGGACAUCAUGUUCAUUGUGGACAUCCUCAUCAACUUCCGCACCACCUACGUCAACGCCAACGAGGAGGUGGUCAGCCAUCCUGGCCGCAUUGCUGUCCACUACUUCAAGGGCUGGUUCCUCAUUGACAUGGUGGCUGCCAUCCCCUUCGACCUGCUCAUCUUUGGCUCUGGCUCUGAGGAGCUGAUCGGGCUGCUGAAAACUGCGAGGCUGCUGCGGCUGGUGCGUGUGGCUCGGAAGCUGGACCGCUACUCGGAGUAUGGGGCAGCGGUGCUCUUCCUGCUCAUGUGCACCUUCGCUCUCAUUGCGCACUGGUUGGCCUGCAUCUGGUACGCCAUUGGCAACAUGGAACAGCCUCACAUGGACUCACGCAUUGGCUGGCUGCACAACUUGGGCGACCAGAUCGGGAAGCCCUACAACAGCAGCGGCCUGGGCGGCCCCUCCAUCAAGGACAAGUAUGUGACAGCACUAUACUUCACCUUCAGCAGCCUCACCAGCGUGGGCUUCGGCAAUGUCUCCCCCAACACCAACUCAGAGAAGAUCUUCUCCAUCUGCGUCAUGCUCAUUGGCUCCCUCAUGUAUGCCAGCAUCUUCGGCAACGUGUCCGCCAUCAUCCAGCGGCUGUACUCGGGCACGGCCCGCUACCACACACAGAUGCUCCGGGUGCGGGAGUUUAUCCGCUUCCACCAGAUUCCCAACCCACUGCGCCAGCGCCUCGAGGAGUACUUCCAGCACGCCUGGUCCUACACCAAUGGCAUCGACAUGAACGCGGUGCUGAAGGGCUUCCCUGAGUGCCUGCAGGCUGACAUCUGCCUACAUCUCAACCGCUCACUGCUGCAACACUGCAAGCCCUUCCGAGGGGCCACUAAAGGCUGCCUGCGGGCCCUGGCCAUGAAGUUCAAGACCACACACGCACCUCCAGGAGACACGUUGGUGCACGCCGGGGACCUGCUCACGGCUCUCUACUUCAUCUCCAGGGGCUCCAUCGAGAUUCUGCGGGGUGAUGUCGUGGUGGCCAUCUUGGGGAAGAAUGACAUCUUUGGAGAACCUCUGAACCUGUAUGCACGUCCUGGAAAGUCCAAUGGGGACGUGAGGGCCCUUACCUACUGUGACCUGCACAAGAUCCACCGUGAUGACCUGCUGGAGGUGCUGGACAUGUACCCCGAGUUCUCGGACCAUUUUUGGUCUAGCCUGGAGAUCACCUUUAACCUUCGAGAUACCAACAUGAUCCCAGGCUCCCCUGGCAGCGCUGAAAUAGAGAGCGGCUUUAACAGGCAACGGAAGCACACCGAGCAGCCGGGGGAGGUGUCAGCCUUGGGGCAAGGCCCUGCACGAGUUGGGGCAGGGCCAAGUUGCCGGGGGCAGCCGGGAGGGCCAUGGGGGGAGAGCCCAUCCAGCGGCCCCUCCAGCCCAGAGAGCAGUGAGGAUGAGGGACCAGGUCGCAGCUCCAGCCCCCUCCGCCUGGUGCCCUUCUCCAGCCCCAGGCCCCCCGGAGACUCCCCAGGUGGGGAGCCUUUGACGGAGGAGGGAGAGAAAAGCAGUGACACCUGUAACCCCUUGUCAGGUGCCUUCUCUGGAGUGUCCAAUAUUUUCAGCUUUUGGGGGGACAGUCGGGGGCGCCAGUACCAGGAGCUGCCUCGAUGCCCUGCCCCAGCUCCUAGCCUCCUCAACAUCCCCUUGUCUAGCCCUGGUCGUCGUUCUCGGGGCGACGUGGAGAGCAGGCUGGAUGCACUCCAGAGGCAGCUGAACAGGCUGGAAACACGGCUAAGUGCAGACAUGGCCACUGUCCUACAGCUGCUCCAGAGGCAAAUGACCCUGGUCCCUCCCGCCUACAGUGCUGUGACCACUCCUGGGCCUGGCCCCGCUCCCACAUCCCCUUUGUUGCCUGUCGGCCCUGUUCCCACUCUCACCCUGGACUCGCUUUCUCAGGUUUCCCAGUUCAUGGCGUUCGAGGAGCUUCCUACAGGAGCCCCAGAGCUCCCACAAGAUGGCCCCACUCGACGCCUCUCCCUGCCUGGCCAGCUGGGGGCCCUCACUUCCCAGCCCCUGCACAGACAUGGCUCAGACCCAGGCAGUUAGUGAUGCUGACCAGUGUGGACAUAUGGCUCACCCAGGGUUCAGGGCAUUACCUGACCUCUUGGAGACCCUGGUUUGGAGGGGAGAACAGUGCAGGAGCAGCUUCUCCCUGCCCUUGGGACCAGAGUCUCCUCCUGCA